AUGUCCGAUACGAUGCAGCAGGCAACAAAUGCGAGUAUGAGCCCCGAAAUUCAGUCAGUCGCCGAUCUCAUCAAACGUGGUAAAGCGACUCGGAUUGUCGUAUUGACUGGUGCCGGUAUCAGCACCGGCGCGGGAAUCCCAGACUUCAGGUCUCCAGAUACAGGCCUGUAUGAUAGACUUGCUCCACUGAAGCUCCCAUAUCCGGAAGCCAUCUUUCACAUCAAUUAUUUCUCCCACACGCCCGAGCCAUUCUAUGCGAUCGCCCGUGCUCGACACCCAGGGAACAUCAAACCAACUAUGACACAUGCGUUCCUGGCAUUAUGCUGGAAUCCCCCGGAAAAGAUUCUGUCGACUCAUGGAAACUGGAAGAGUCAGCAUUGCUAUAAGUGCAAGGCACAUUAUCCCGACGAUCUCAUGAAGAAGGCGAUUGGAGCUGGUGAAGUGCCUUAUUGUCUUGAGGCCGAUUGUGGGGGUGCGGUGAAACCAGAUGUUGUUUUCUUCGGGCAGGCUUUGCCGGCUGAGUUUGAAGAGAAGGAGAAAGAGGUCCUCGAGGCAGACUUGAUGCUUGUCAUGGGGACUAGUUUGAGGGUGGCGCCCACUUCCAGGCUGCCAGGUCUGGUGAAGGAUGGUGUUCCGCGGGUUUUGAUAAACAAUGAAAAGACUGGAUACAUAGGCAAUCAAGAUCAAGAUGUAUGCAUCAUUGGCAGUUGUGACGACAUUGUUCGUCGGCUAGCCGAUGCACUUGGAUGGUUAGAGGAGUUGGAAGGCCUUUGGGAGGAAACAGUUGCUGCGAAAGGGGACGAGGACAUCUUCAUCGGUGGCCCUAGUCUGGAUGAAUGCAUUGAAAACUUGGCCAACAGUAUGAAAGACAAAAUGAAAGUAUCCGAUGGGCACAGACGAAUGUUGGAGAAUCAUUUGAACGACAAAUUCGGGCAGAUUAUAAAGAAGCCCGCAAUUCCAUAG